AUUGGCGAAGCGAAAAAACCCAAGUUGGAACCUGACACCCAAGCUCUCUGCCAUGAUUUAUUACGUUUAACAGUGUUGUCCAAAGAAGCAAUUGAUUGGCAUCAUUUGACUGGUUGCAUUUCGUUCCAAAUCAAUGGCUUCACAACCAUCUUCUAUAUGAUGCGGCUGCGCCACAUUGGCAUCUACACCAUGCUUGAAAUUGCCAGACUGUCAUAUCCUCCAUCAUUGCGCGACCUAUCGACAUUCAUAUCCUGGAAGAAUCUGAAAACAUUGAUGCAAAUGUCUGAAGUUUUCUGGCGUCUU